ACCCACCCCAGCACGUGGCUGAACUCGCCGCCCGCUGCACGUCGCUAUUGUUUUCCAGGGCCGGGCUCGUUUUGCGGUAUCUCUCAGAUCGCUGUCGGAACCCGAGAUGCUCCGGAAUCAACGCGGGUAUAGAAUUCAGUUGCGAGAUAAGAUUCGAGGCAACAGUGCCACAAUGGGAGAAUAUACGCGAGAUAGCGCGGAACGCUGUUUGGAAUCGCGACGUGAUAGGAGCCGGCGCGGCGGCGGGUCGAGUCGCGACGGAAUUAAUUGAACCCGGAAUUAUUUAUCAAGAUUCGGAGUUACGGUCGGUCGAGAUUAAUAACGAUCGUUAAUAAUUGCAACGAUUCGACGCGGCCGAGAUGACCACCGCAGGCAGAGCAGCGAGAGGGGGAGAGAUCGCAGCUUGCGGUCAUGGAUUCCCACUCCAAUGCCCGCCGGAAACUCUUGCCGCACGAUAUACAAUUUUUCCGCGCGGAUCUCCCAGGGUACGGGGAGAAAGUGGGGAACGCGAGCGUAACGUUCGCAAAUGUUUGCCGUCCCGGGCACUCGACGGACACGGCAAACAAACCUCCAAGCCGCCCGAGUGUACGUCGAGUACAAUUAUCGCGUCGUCAUUAGGUCAACCGUGCGAAACGGCGUGUCGGGAGAGAGUGAGAAAUCCAUUUAUUACACUGGGACACCAAAUCACGCGAAUGUCUACAUCGGGACCGUUUGAAAUGCCGAGGGUUUUCGGAAGAGAUUUCUCGAACGCAUACCGCGGUGGUGAUAACGAGCCGAGGGAUGAUUGUGCACAGGGGUGUUAAUUGAACCGAAAACGACCGAUAGGGAUUGAUAUCAUUCUUAUAUUACGAAAAUAGAGAGGAGAGUAUAAAUCGGCGAGAGAGGGCAAGCCAAUAAAAAUAGAAGAGUACCAACUUCUA